AUGCAGGCGGCCUUUGAGGAGAGCAUCCGCGACUCUACUGAGGAAGCUGAUGCUUCGCCUGCAUUGUGCGACGUAGAUGCGGAGACUCGACGGAAACAGCUCCUCGAAGCUCAACAAUAUGACGACUCUUGGGCGACAAGAUGGAGACAACCCGCCAACACGCAGCAUCAUCCGGUCAUGAAGCUCAUGGCGCAGGUAGUAUUUGGCCUGCAUCUCCUGCAGCAAGGCCAAGCGAAAUCAAACCCAGAAGUCGUGAAGAUUCUCCAAAUCCAUGUGAAUGAAGUCGACAGUUUCCUCGAGCGUACCUCGCAGGACUUCGACCUUGCUAUAGCGGAUAUUGAAGAACGGCUACGACAUCUUAGAAUGCCAAUGAAUCAUCUCGAUGUCUUCAACAAAUUGCUAGACGAUAAGAAGUUCCGAACGCAGUUGCUGGACGGAAACGACAAGAUCGAGGAGAUCAUUGACCGCACAGCACGCGCGAUGAACGGUGCAUUGUCGGACGUCAAACAAGGGCUCAAGGCCACUCAAGAGCUACGACGUUACCUUAGCAGUGUGGAAAGUGAAUGGCCUCAAGGCGAAGACGACAUUGCCGUGGUUUUUGGCGCAAUGCGCGGGAACGAGCAGGGCUGGACCACGUACAUGAAGGAAUUGCAAACAAAAGGGAACAAGCUCGGCGACAGUCUCAUACAGCUGGGCACCAUUACCGGUCAGAUGUCCAAACUCGCUGCCGCGGCAAGUCGUCGCAAC